CCUGAAAAUAAGGACGGGAUAAACAGACCCCUGCGGCCGCCGCGUAGGAGCUGUAGAUUUCGAUUGACGCCGACGGCAACGACGACGAACGAACAGUUUUUUCUUGAUCUUUGAUCGCGCAGGAGAUUGUGUGUGUGUACUGCAUUGACGAACGGCGUGUUUUUGAGCGUUAGAAUUAACGGUGGAGCGAGAGAGUGUGUUGCGAUACGCCUUGCGAUACGCCUUGACGGGUACUACGAAUUUCCACGAAGCGACGACGCAUCUCCGGGUGCUGUGCGAGCUUUAACGACGAAGAAGCAUUGAUAGCGAGCGUUUGAUUGGGAUAAUUAUGCAUUGCUAGGGAUUGUGCUGUGAGCUUUUUGUACGACUUGAAUAUACGCGCUGUCGGCCUCAAUUGGGACGGCACUGACAUACUUGGGAUUGAGACUCGGAAGGAAAGGCCACUUGGGUAGAACCAGAAAGUGGAGGACAUUAUAAACUGCACAGAACCGCUCAGCUUGCGACAAAGUCAUACCAGCCAACAUGCCAGCACCAAACAACCAAGACGGGACCACACGCUACAGUCAAUCGCGACAAGCCCAACCCCUCCACAACCGCCUCGCCAGCAACGACUCCUCCGUGCAAAGCUAUCCCGCCUCCCAAGUAUCCCAAGCCCCGCGCUCAAGCCUGAACGGCAAAAUGCUCCUCGACGGCUACCACGGCGACAUCGUCAACAACUUCGAAGGCGCCCCUCCCAAAUUCAACCCCCGGAACCCGAACCGCACCAACAGCUCCCCCCUCCUCGACGCCAAUGACCCGAUACAAAUGCACCUCCUCGUCUCCACGGCGCUCGAGGACGCGACGGGCUACGCGAUCCUCGCGCCGGAGGAAGUGGAUAGUCUGCGCAAGCAAUGCAUCCGCCUAACGCAGCGUAUUGAGUCGACCCGGCAAAACCUCGCCGUACAGUCCAAAUACCGCGACGCAGCCAUCAACAUGGGAAAACUCUACUCCGACGGCGGCAGCGACGGCAAGCGUCGCAGCCGCGGCAGCCUCGGCCUCAAGCGAAACAGCCACACCGACCAGAGCCGAGAAGCUGAAGCCGAGCGCGCGGCGAGCGAGCGCCGCUGCGAGGAGCUGGCGCAGGAGCUGUGGGGGUUGGAGAAGAGGCUGAUUGAGCCGCAGACGGCACUGUUGCAGCAUACGGCGGGGAUAUUGCAGAUGACGCAUAGGACGGCGAAGAAGGGGGGUAGGGCGUCGCAGGGGGGGAUGCCGGGGAGUCCGGAGAGUAUGUAUACGUAUUCGAAUCCGGGGGGGAGUGUGGGGCCGGGGGAGGAUAUUUUUGAUGAGAGGAGCUUGUAUAGGUCGUUUGAUCGGUUGGAUGGUGAUGAGGGUGAUAGAGCGGUGGUGGAGGCGCCGGGUGGGAUGGGGGCGGAUGCGGAGGCGAAGCUGAGGGAGCUUUGGGAGAUGAUGCAUCCUGGCGCUCAAGAUGGAGAGGAUGAGGCGCCUGUGCAGAACUUUUCUCUGCUGGCUUUCUCCUCAAAGGUGCAGUCGCUGCACAGCCAGUCGGCAAUGCUGAAUGAUCAGAAAGAGGUGCUACAGCGUCAAAUCAAGCAGCAGCGCGAGCUAAACAACAAGUCCGACGAGACCAAAGACCGCGAGAUGGCCGAGAUGGAAACACAGCUAAAAUCCACCCAAGCCACCCUCGCCCAAGUCGAAGCGCAAGCCCAGAGUCUCGAAUCCAAGCUCGCAGAAGCGCUACACCAAACCUCCCGCUCCCAAGGCGAAGAUACCAUCGCCCUCCACUCCAACAUCGACAAUCUCCAAAACGAACUCGACACUCUCCAAAACCAGCUGGAAGACCACCAAAACAAGCUCGAAGACCUCCAAAACGAGCACGAAGAUCUCAAGUCAUCCCACGCCAUCGAUCUCGCUGAACUCAAAUCCUCCAACGCCGGGGACCUCGCCGACCUCAAAUCCUCCAACGCCAUCGACCUCGCCGACCUGCAAUCCCAGCUCACCAGCUCCCUAGAGCACAUCGCCGCCCUCAAACAGGCUAAAUCCACAGCAGAAGCACAUAUCGGUGAUCUCACCGCCGAUCUCGAGAAAGCGCGUAAAGCCGAGGCGCAAGUCGUCAGCCUGACCGCUGAUCUCGAGGAGGCGCGCAACGCCCAAUCUUCCCGCGCUGUCGACGAGGAUGAGCUCGACGCGAAGAACAUGGAGAUCGCCCGCCUCCAAACCGAAGUCACCAUCGCCCGCGCCGAGCUCGACGGCGCGUACGGCUCUCGCGCCCAGCGCGCCGCAGAAGUCGCUUCGAACCCGGCUAUACAGAAGGAGCUUGACGCGCUGCGACGCGAGCUGGGAGAGACGAUAGAGGAGUACGAGGUCCUCACCAAGGCGUCUAUCGAGGGGGAGCGCGAGCGCGAGUUGCUGGAGAAGGAAAUCGAUCGUCUACGUGAUGAGAGGGAGGCGUUGGAGGCGAAGUUGAGCGAUGAGAGGGUGCGCUGGAUGGGGAUGAAGAGUCCCGGACCGGAUGGCGCGGGGGGCCAGCUGGGGGUGGGGGCGGGGAAUACGAGUACGGCGGUUUUGAAGAAUGAGUUUAAGAAGAUGAUGAGGGAUACGAGGGCGGAGAAUGCGAAGGCGCUGAGGGCUGAGCAAGCGGAGAGAAGGAAGUUGGAAGAUGAGUUGCGUGCGCUGAAGAAAGCGCAGGGGCCGGGGAAGUCUAGUUUGAGCCAGAGUACGCUUGGGUCAUAGAUGGUCUGUCCCUGAGGAUCUGAGCAGGGGGGAUGCGUUUUAGCGCAGCGGGGUUGGAAACGAAUUAUGUGUAUAUCUCAAAAGUGGCAACGCGUUUUUUUCUGUUAGAAGAAGAAGGGGGGGAUUAGGGGGCGUAGAUGGAUGGGUACGAGGUAGAAGAUGUACGGCAUAUUAUUAACUGGGUGGGUGGGUUUGAGGAAAGGAGGUGGGCAUAGACGGGCGUUUUCGAUAGGGAGA